AUGGAGAAGUGGAUUGAGUUAGGCAAAGAGUUAGGUUUGAAGGAAAAAGAACUGUUAGACUUUGUAAAAGAUCAACAAGAAAUCGAAAGGCGUAAAGUAGACGACGAUCGACAAGAAAGACAGCGAGAGCGCGACAUUAAGAAACUAGAAUCGAAGGAGAGAGAACGACAACAACAGCGAGAACUCGAGGUGAAGGAGCGUGAAAGAGAAGCCCAAGCGAGAGAGAAAGAGGCGAUGCGAAGACACGAACUGGAAAUGAAGCAACUCGAAGUACAAGCUGUUAAUACAGACGGGGGCGUUAGUGAGCAUCACUCGGGAAUCGCCACAGCGAAGAUGCCGAAGUUACCACAGUUUAUCGACUGUCAGGAUGAUUUGGAUAGCUACCUACAAAGGUUCGAACGCUUUUGAAAUCAGAAGUCUAUUUUGGGGAGAUUUUAUAAAAAUUCUAAAGACAGUAAAUCUUAAUUUAAGAAUGGUUUAUUUCAUAUUUUAGAAUUACAAUUUUUGAAACAUUAUACUGUAUAUAUAUAGCCUGAUUACUGUUUUUCUCCACACUAGGCACUGGACCCUGAAAUCUGUUAAAUUUUCUAAAAUGGUUCUUGCUUUGGGAAGAUAAUAUGUAUUAUUUUGCAACAUUCUUGUAUUAUAUAUAGUACAUGUAUAAACUGUUUAUUUACUCACUUGGAUUACAAACCCUAACAUUCUAAUAUUAAUUCCACCAAGUGAAGUACAACCCGCACACCCGAUUACUUAUAUACAGGGUGUAUAAAAAAAAAGGUAAUCGAAAUUCAGCGCGCUAUUAUACGUGAAUCACUCGGCGUAUGAACAAUUGGUUUUCAUAUUCGAAAAGAUCAGGCUUUUAGCUAUUGAAUGACAUGCUUUUCAUACCAAGUGGAGAAAAUAUAAGCAUGUACGAGGCCGAUCAAAAAUGUUAGUCAAAAUCGCAUAUUUUCACCUCUGUGCCUAAUUAAAACAAUGCAUAACAAAAGAAAAAGCAAUUAAUCACGAACGUGUCGUAGCUUAGCUAAGAUUUAUUCCUACUUAAUAAUUAAUUAUGAAUAUGUGCGUAGUUUAAUGAAGUGAAAUUCAUCAACUUCAGUACCAAAGGGGGUUCAUUUUCAAUGGUUUUAGACCCAACUCUCAACAGUGAAAAUAUGCGAUUCUGACUAACAUUUUUUAUCGGAUUCGUAUUUGCUCAUUUUUUAUCCAUUUGGCAUGAAGAAGAUAUCAUUCAACAGCUAAAAGCAUGAUCUUUCCGAAUGUGAAAAAAUCUCGUUCAUACGCAGAGUAAUUCAGAUACAAUAGCGCGCUGAAGUUCGAUUACCUUUUUUUUUAUACACCCUGUAUUGAUGAACUUACGGUUACAGCUCAACAGCUGGCCUCUGUAGCUCAGUUGGUUAGAGCGCUGCACCGGAAUCGCAGGGCCGUAGGUUCAAUUCCUACCAGAGGACCUUGUGCUGCAUUUUUCGCAGUCGUUCCUGGUUAGGUCUUAAAAUGUAUAUAUACUCACUUGGAUUACAAACCCUAACAUUCUAAUAUUAAUUCCACCAAGUGAAGUGCAAGAAUCCAAAUCUUUGAAGUCCAUGUAUAAACUCCAGACAACCCACAGUAUAAGAAGUAAACCAAAGAAAGAAGUACACCAGUCGUCGACGUUAACUAUAUACCAGGAAGGACAUAAUAUUGUAGUUUUCUGAGAAAAACGUCAUGGUUUACAAUGACUGUUUUUUAUUUAUUUAUUUAUUGAAUUUCGCCAGAAAAAAUACAAGAAAGGUAACAAUAAGAUCUGGUGUGGAAACCACAGGAGCACAGCCAAUUACUGUGGCCCCUGGGAGAGACUACAGUAAUAGUGAAAUUACUAAUUUCAUCCAGCCACUUGGAAUAAAAAGUUAAAAACAACUCCUUGCCACAUUGCAUCACAGGCCGAUCGAACGCCAGGUGUGAGGGUUUUCCACACGAUAUAGUUGCUUAUAGUAAGAAACUCCGAAUAAUAAUUUUUACGUUUAUGUUUGAAGCUCUUGUUGAUAAUAUUUUAAGGUUGAGUUCCUCUAGUAAGAUGUGUGUUGCCGUUGGAAUGUAUAACAGUUUUACAUUCCCUACGCCGAAAAAGCAGGGCAUCAGUAUCACUGGUGGACUUUGUAAGACAACUUGGUACAAUCGGUUGAGGAAGAAUAGGGAGCAAGACGAUUAUCAGACAAUUUAUAGCUUUGUAAAAGAAAACAAGAUCAAGAAAUUCAUGAAAGUAGGAUAUCCACGAAUCGCGAAAUUCGAUUGCGCAUCCAAAUGACGCGUUCCGAGUCGGGCAAAGCCCGAAUUCAAAGAAAAACAUGCAGCUGUGACUGGAUGAUCUAAAAUAUGCGUAUUAAAGUAUUCAAAUGUCCAGUCAUGCAUUCGUGUUGUAUUGUAGUAAUAUGUAAUCAUGAAUGCAUGAGUGAACAUUUCAAUACUUAAAUACGCAUAUUUUAAAUCAUCCAGUCACAGCUACAUGUUUUUCUUUAACUGUGAUUUUUGCCCGAAUUUCGCGAUUCGUGUAUUGUAUUUGUAGCGAUGUACGAGUUGAACUCUCUUGAUAUGAUACAAUGCAUGCAUGGGAACGGGAAGUUCAAGAUGAAUUUAGUCGCACGUCUCUUGCAGCCUCUCCACUUUUCUCAUAAGCUCAAUUGACUGUGGCGCCUAGACUUGAGUAGCAUACUCUAAGCUCGAACGAGCGUUAGUUAAAUACAUGUUUGGCCGCGUGUUCUAGUUUUGCACCUGCGCAGAAACGCGCAGAGGGGCUUGUUAGAUUUGGAACAGUUGUUGGUGACAUGUGAGGCCCUAUCUAUAACGACCCCGAGAUUCUUCUUGUUCUUUUUAACCUCAAUCUCCUUUCCCUGGAUUGUGUAAGAAUAUUCAAUAGAGUUCUUUCUUGUUAUUUUUUGACAUUUACAGUUCUCUUCGACAGACGUUUUAGACCACUCUUGUAGGUUGUGAGGAUACCUUGGCAUCAAAUACUGAAUCAAUGAGACAAUACAUCUUCGUGUCAUCCGCAAAACUAGCAACUUGCGAUCCAGGGUCUACAACAUCCGGCAAAUCGUACACAUAAAUAACGAAUACCGGUCCUAAAAGGGAGCCUUUCGGGCGUUAUUUUUGAAGGUGUAUUUCUAAAGAGAAACUGCAAAUAGGGCAGACAACAAGCCACUGAUAAUAUCUUGUCACAUGAUAGGGCAAUAUAUCAUAAAGCACUAUUCCACAACAAACACAAUUUAAAGCUUACAACAAACAACAUCUACUGAUCUACAACUCUAUAGUAAACGAUUGUUGUUAAAUAUGGCAUACCACAAAGGUAGCCGAACAAAAUAACUGGGCCAUCUGAAAACAACUUGCCGCGCCGUCCCCCAUAUAUUGAAUUAAACUAUGGGCAUUUGAACACCUAUAGGUCCUAACCCAUGUAGGCGUAUAUUUCCAUGACCAAGAAACUGUGGCCUAAAUUUAUGCUAAAAGUGCAUAAAUUCAAGGACAAUACUGUACAGUGGUUUGAUACAAACAGAACGUCAGAACAAUUAACAUUUGUACAAACGCCCCAAGUACACAACAUAAACUAUAUACAUGCAGUACCGGUACCUCACAUCACACUAUAUUAAUAUAUAAAACAGAAGCCACAAAUUCAUGAAUAUUUCCUUCGCAUGAAAAUAUAAUUGCUCAAUUCCCAAUGUGGUAUUUGCAAACAGCAAGUGCUCAGCCCAGACACAUAUUCACACAGACCCUUGGGCCCCGGAAAUUACACCAUAAAUUGAUAAAUCAUAUCACAUUUGUAUGAUUUGUAUUAAUGUCGUUUAUGACUUUAUUGAAUAUAUGCACAUGACAUUACAAGAACCUUGGAAAAAUCCAAGUACUGCAAAUAAACUGCUUCAAUAUAAAAACGCCAUAAAAUUAAAAAGGCGAAAAGGCAGCUGAAGUAAAAAUUUAAUAUCGAUCGUGCAACGUACAUAUUAAAAGCUUUUAAAAUUGCUGCUCGAUAACUCCUGUAUAAGAUAUACCGUCUUUGAGGGUUGCAGUGAACCCCAUCAAGAGACAACAAAUCAAUUCUACCAUUGUCAAAUUUACGAUGGUCCCAAAGAAAUUCGCCAGGUUCAUUCGCCAAAACGACAGACAAAUACUGCCGCAGAAUAGCUUUUGCAUUAAAAGCAUGGCUCGGUGCAUCGGAAUGCGCCUAUUUAUAACUUGGCACACAGCAAUGACCUUUAUGUUUAACUCGUCAAGCAUAUAUAUACAUCUCGUCUAGAAGAUGUAAAAAGUCUAGACAAAGACCCCUCUACUCUUAUAGAAAUCUAAGUCGUGUAAAUGUUACUAGACAAGGACCCAGCAAACCAAAACAAAUUCCACAGUGUUUGGUGUUGAAUGCUAGAUCAAUAGUGAAGCCUGAUGCCUACCCAGCGUUAUAUGCGGAACUCAAGAGUAACAAUAUUGAUGUUUGCUGUAUUUCAGAAACAUGGCUAAAUGCAACUAUAGCCAGUUCUCUAAUUUGCCCACCUGAGUUCUGCAUCAUCAGAAAAGAUAGAUUAGGUGCCCGUGGUGGUGGAGUGGCAAUCCUUUGUAGAAAAGAUUGGAGAAUGCAAAAAAUACCAAAUAUGAAUAACCCGUUUGAAUGCCUAUGGUAAAAAUUACAACUGAAAACUCCAGUUUUAAUGUUGCAGCUGUAUACCAUCCUCCCGACCAUAAUUAUAAUGCAGACGAUUUAAUAGAAUUCCUAAUGGACUCAUGCGAGCAGUUAUUAUCGGAAAACCCUAAUACGAAGAUGAUUAUUACUGGAGAUAUAAACAGAUUGAAUAUUCGCGACCUACUUAAUCAAUUAUCUUUUGCACAGUUGGUUAGAUCAUCUACAAGAGGUAACAAUAUCUUAGAUGUUUUUGUCACAAAUGCUCCUCACUACUAGAAGGAAAUAAAAGUUAAGAAAAGUUUGGUAAGAACUGAUCAUAAUAUGAUUAUUGCAUACUCGAGAAACAUAAAAGCAAAAAGAACAAAUUCAUUCUUUAGGGAUGUGAGAGAACAUAGAAAAUUAAACAUGCUAAGAGAACUAGAGAAUGUGGAUUGGUCCAAGAUAACAAUAUAUGACCAAGCCCCUGAUGAAAUGGUUAAACAACUUUAUGAAAGUCUCUGGCCGAGAUUCGAGAACAAUUUCCCACUGAUAAAAGUCCGAACCUCGUCACGCGAUCCACCAUUUAUGUCCCCUCUCGUAAAGUAUUUGUUGAAAAAAAGGAAGAAAGCUAUAGGCGUAGGUGAUGAAGAAUCUACUUUUCGUCUACAAAAUCAAAUUAACACACUAAUUCGCGCCAAUCAACUUAAUGCUGUUCAAAAUGAGAACCUAAAUCAUAAAACUGGAACAAAGAAAUGGUGGAAUAAUGUUAAUAACAUUACUGGCAGGAAAGAGAAAAAUUCUGCACCUGUUAGCUCUCUGAUUGAUCCGAAUGUUAUAAAUGCCUACUUUCAAACUAUUAACACUGACCCUAAUUAUUCAGCCCCUCAGUUACUAGAAAUUCCAGAGGGAACUAGAAUUCCGUUUCUUUCUGUCGAUAUUGUCUAUAACUUUCUAAGAAAACAGAAGCGUUCAUCAUCUGGCCCGGACGAUCUACCACAUUGGUUCUGGAAGACAUUCGCAGCUGAAUUAGCUCCAGCUAUAACAAAAAUAUUUAACGUAUCUGUGAAAGUUGGAAAAGUCCCUGAAAUAUGGAAGAGAGCGAAUAUAGUUCCAAUACCAAAAGAAAAUGUUAUCAACUCAAGUUCUGAACUGAGACCUAUCUCACUAACAGACAUCAUAAUGAGGUUAUUUGAGAGAUGUAUAUACAAAAAUGAGAUCGCAGAUGUUAUAUAUCACUCAAUCGAUUCUGACCAAUACGCAUAUAAAGUGGGACAUAAUUCAACGAUGGCUUUAGUUAAAUGUCAACAUACGUGGUUGAAAGGGUUGGAUAAUGGUGUAAAAUAUGUGAGAGUACUAUCAUUUGACUUUAGCAAGGCGUUUGACAGUGUUCCACACGACAUACUAUUUGGAAAAGUUAAGAAAUUGCCUUUUAACCCGUACAUCAUAAAUUGGUUGAUAGAUUUCUUAAAAGAUCGCAAACAGAGAGUAACAGUUGAUGGCAUCACAACCGAGUUCUUGAAAAUUAAUCGUGGCGUGCCUCAGGGGACUGUUCUAGGCCCGAUACUAUUUUCAAUAAUGGUAAAUGACAUUAAACCAGUCAAUCCAAUCAAUGAACUCUGUAAAUUCGCUGAUGAUAUAACAAUAGAAGCCCCGGGCUAUGAUGAGGAUGAUACAAGUGCUGAAGAG